GCUUUUCAGAACUUUCAGUCACAUCUCAGGGUCUUCAUUAAGCUCCUUUGUUUAGCCUGGUACAAACAUGACCACCUGAGUCAUUCUGACAACUAAAGAUAGUUCUCAAAACAGGUCACCCAAAGCUUAGUCACAACAUACAGUCUGCUGGAUGUGUCCAAUGGAAUUGGCUGUUUUAUAUUAUUUUAUAGAAUUGAUUAUCCACAAGACAUAUUUACCUCAUUCCACAGAUUCUAUCCUUUGCUUUGUGAACUUAUAGAAACAUUAGAAGCAUGUGGCAGGUCAGUGGGAACAAAACAAAGUUACAGUGUAAGCUUUACAAAGCAUGUGCACAAAUACAGUUUUAAUGGCCGAUUAUUACUGUCCCAUGUACUACCAUACAUUACCAUUUAACUACUGUGGUAUGAUCAUAUUUUUCUUUUAAAAAUAGAAUUUUCAAAUGUCAGCUCGGGUCUCUGGACGUCCUCAGUGAGACUGUACUGCAGCCUGUGUGCGUGCACGCGAGAGAAUCCACCUUCCAGGUGUGUCGCAUUGAAGCACUUCCUGGUGGACUUUGGUUCAGGAUUUUGUCGGUAUGGCUGCACAAGAGCUGGAUAAAAUGAGCGUCGUUACAGAUCUGUCUAACCAAGCUAUACAGGAGUAUGAGAGCCUGCAUAGGAAGCACAAGACCACAACCAUGGAGCGGAGCCAAGAGCUGCAUCUGGCACGUUUGUGGGACGUGCUGCGUCUGAUGAACUCCCAAGCAUUGACUAGAAGGGUCGCGACCAGCUCCGGCAGCCGUGGAGCAGCGGAAACAUGCCAUGGGCUUUGCUGGCUACUCUGGAUUGUAGCAGCAGGAGGGUGCGUGUGCUGCCAGAUCAGCCCCUUGGCUUGCAAGAGGCUGGAGGAGGAGAGAGACGAGGCCAUUGAGAAGCUCAAUAAGUUUCAGCAAGUUUCUCAGAUGGUUAUUGAAGAGGUCAGUGCCAUUCAGGAGAACCUGGAGAUCGAGAGAACAUGUAGAGAAAGUGCUGAAGCCUGUGCUAGUGUGUUGAACCGUCAGAACCGCUCUCUGAAGAGGAAAAGCAUGUUGCUGCUGUCCCACCUCAGCCCAGAGACCAUCACUGAGAUCAACCUUGAGGAUGAAGAGGAGGAGGAGUGUAAAGUGCUACAAGAAGCCAGCAAUUUCUGUCUCUCCCUCCAGUGCCGGGCCACCAUCUCAGAACUACAAAAUACGUUGGAGUUAACACUAAAAGAGAAAAGGCAAGCAGAAGCUGAUCUUGAGGCAGUAAGAGAACAACUGAGGGAAACCAGAGAAGAACUGCUGAAAGAGAAACACGGUAACACUGCUUUAUUUGCUGAGACAGUACUACAAAAGAAGCUCCUGGGGAAAUAUAACAGAGUAUCUCAGUUUGCUGUGGAGGAAUACGAGGUCUUACAGGACACCUUAAACCUGGAGAGGGAUCUGAGGACAGAGGCAGAGAGCAUUGCCCGAGCAAUGCUGGUCGAGCAAAAGAAGCUGAAGAGGCAGAGUCAGAUCCUAAUGCAGAGCUCCUUGCCCAGUCAAGCUCUGCAGGAAGCCCUCAGCCAGGUCACCAUACUAACCCAGGAUCUGGAGAUACAGAGGCUGGAGCACCAAAACCAGAUAAAGCAGAUGGAGGACCGUCUGAGGAACUGUGAGGCUCAGAGAGAGCUGACAGCACUGAGGCGUAAACUGGAGCUCGUGGAGGAGGAGAAGAACGAGUACAGCGACAAAUGCUCCAAGGCUGAAGUGGAGGUCAAGGAUCUGCGCUUUACAGUUGAGGAGCUCCAAAAGAAACUAAAUGCAGCUACCAACCCGACCCCGACUCGAGCUCCGGCACCUCCCCCGCCCCCACCACCUCCACCUCCUCCAGCCCCAGCUCCGGCCUCCAACCCGCUCAGCACACUGCUGUCAUUGAUCCGAAAGAGAAGAGACAUCAGUUCUGACAUCCCACUGGUGGUCCAGGACUCUGCCAAGACACCAGAAGUGGACAUCAGGCAGCAGGCAGUGGGGGAAAUGAUGCAAAGGAUCAAGAAAGGCGUUCAACUUCGACCUGUCAGCCAGUCACCUAAUAGGACCAGGAGACAGAUGGAGAGACUGCCCUCUAAUUCUGCCAUUCAGGAACUUAAAGGAAUCAUGGAGAAUUUCAAUAGAACCUCCCCCCAACUAAAGGCAGUGUCUCCGUCAACAAACCGUGACGAGGAACUGCAGAGGAUCCUGCUGAGGCGGCGGGAUGCACUGGAGUAGCGCA